GUAACAAAUGAAGAGCGGUAGUGGUUAUUUUCAAUCAAGAUAUAGCAAUAUUUACCAUAUUAUUGAAGAAAUUUUUAGGCGCAACAAAAAAUAAACAAACAACUUGUGUGUGGCUUUAAGAUUAUUACCACAAAUUCAAACUCCAUUCAAAUCGAGUAUCGAUUGAAGAUUUGUAGACAAGUCUAGACCAGUCAAACUUUUCAACAAGCCGUCGAAGUUCGCAUAAUACGUCAGUUUUUUACGUUUCUGAUGUUCCUGUCAAAUUUGCAUUGAUUUAAGAAUCAUUCUUCGAAAAGAAAAACGACUUAAAUGGAUAAUUACGACGACUUAUCGUGAGUAUGCGAAUAUCAUAUGGAUUCUAACAAGGGUAACCAGGUGAAAACUAUCUCGAAGGUGUACUGUGAUGUGUUGGCAAGCAAACCCAAAUCUUACUAUGAAUAUGACAACUAUUCACCGCAAACGGACAACAUAGAUCAUUAUAGUCUGAUAAAAAAAAUUGGCCAUGGUAAAUACAGUAUAGUAUUUGAAGGCGUGUACGAGCCAAACAAUGAACGUGUAGUUAUUAAAAUGCUGAAACCAGUGAGAAAACGUAAAGUCAAACGAGAAAUAAAGAUCCUGGAGUGUCUCAGAGGCGGUGUGAACAUAGUUCAUCUGAUAACAGUUGUUAGUAUGACUCAUAUGGACCUAACAGCAUUAGUUUUUGAACAGUUAGUCUAUACUGAGGAUUUCAAAGAGGUGUACCUGCAGUUAAGCGAAGCCGACUCAAGAUACUACUUGUACGAAUUAUUCAGGGCUUUAGACUUUUGUCACAGCAAGGGCAUAAUGCACAGAGAUGUAAAGCCACAUAACAUAAUCAUUGACCGAGAGAAUAGAAAAAUAAGACUGAUUGACUGGGGUUUGGCAGAAUUCUAUCAUGCUGGUCAGGAGUACAAUGUCAGAGUAGCUUCGAGAUACUUCAAAGGACCUGAGCUAUUAGUAGACUACGUUUAUUAUGACUACUCGCUAGACAUAUGGUCUCUGGGAUGCAUGUUUGCGUCCAUGCUUUUCAGAAAAGAACCUUUUUUCCAUGGCAUUGAUAACCAAGACCAACUGUUGAAGAUUGUGAAGGUUUUAGGUGUACUGCAGAGCUUUAUGAUUAUUUGGAGAGAUACAAUAUACACAUUGACAGCAGACUACGUGAUUUGCUAGGAAACCAUACGAGGAAGUCAUGGCAAAGGUUCUUACAAACUGAACAUGAAUACUUGAUAACUGAUGAUGCCUUGAAAUUACUGGGUUCUAUGCUGAAGAUGGAUCACAUGGAACGAAUCACAGCCAAGGACGCAUUGAAGCAUCCAUACUUUGUUGGAGUUCGCAGAAAAUCUCAUCCGAAGUCACCUACAACUUUACCGGCAUCCCUUACAACACAGGAUAAACCUUGAUAGCUUAGCUUCUUGUGAUUUGUGUAUAUAUGGUUGUAUUUAGUAAUGGAUGAAUGAAAUAUUUCCAGAUGUACCUAUGAAUAAUUAUAUGGUUAAUGAUUGAGCUCUUA